CGCCUACCGUUACCAUAUGGUCACAGUUUUCAGUGCGCACUUUAAGUGACAACAGAUCUCUAGCAUGUUAUCCGUUUCAAAUUUCCCACCAAAUGAAGAAUGCCUGGCAUUGGCUAAAUGAAAUAUCACAUCACUACCGUCAUCUUAUUCCUUAGUCUGGCACAAGCAGCUGAAGUGUGCAGACGCUUCUUCUCGCCAUCCACCAUGGCUCAAUCGAAAAGGAACUUAACAGUGGACGAGAUACUUCAAGAACUGGAAGAUGAUGAAAAGGACAUUAGUAGGCUGUACAUUGAACCUCCAGAGCCAAAUGUCGAGUCAGAUGAAGAUUCUGCUGAUGAAGACGAAGGGGGAAUGCUCGACAAUUUGACUGGCAGACAGUUACGUGCUGGAGCUGAGGUAUUAUUUGCAAACAAUGCACGAACACAGCUUGACCCUGAACUAUCUACUGAUGAUGCAGAAGGUGAUAAUUGUAAACCUAGUAAGAAAAAUGAAAAACGGAAACGGAAUCAACGUAAACAACGCAAGUGGGGAAAACAUGACCUGUGCAACUCAUUGUCUCAUUUCCUGAAUUUCAAGAAUGAACCUGACCCUGCAGUAACUAAGGCCGAGCUGAAAGUGUUUAUUGCAGUUUUGAUUCUCUCUGGGUACAAUAGGCUGCCAGGAAAAAGGUUUUACUGGGAUUCAGGUCCAGACAUGAGAAAUGAGAUGGUUCAUGCAGCUAUUAGGAGAGACAGGACUCAUGCCAAUCUCUUUGGACAGUUGCUAAGAGAGUCACCUCCUCGUGGUCCUGCUGGAAAGUCUCUGGCCUGGGUCUUCCCGCCACCCCAGGCUGUUUUCAGUCGGUCAGAGAACCAAGUACACUCUCUCCUUCUGUGUGGGCACACAGAGGUAGCGCAGUCAGCUAUCAAAAGGCCUUAUUGA